AUGUAUAACACAAUAUGCUUAUCUAUCUAUCUAUCUAUCUAUCUAUCUAUCUAUCUAUCUAUGUCCAUGUCUAUCUAUCUAUCUAUCUAUCUAUCUAUCUAUCUAUCUAUCAGUCUGUUCAUGUCUAUCCAAGUCUGUUCAUGCCUAUCUACCUAUCUAACUCAGUCUGUUCAUAUCUAUCUAUCUAUCUAUCUCAGGCUGUUCAUACCUGUCUGUUCAUAUCUAUCUAUCUAUCUAUCUAUCUAUCUAUCUAUCUAUCUAUCUAUCUAUCUAUCUCAGUCUGUUCAUGCCUGUCUGUUCAUAUCUAUCUAUCUAUCUAUCUAUCUAUCUAUCUAUCUAUCUAUCUCAGUCUGUUCAUGUUUGUCUGUUCAUAUCUAUCUAUCUAUCUAUCUAUCUAUCUAUCUAUCUAUCUAUCUAUCUAUCUAUCUCAGUUUAUGUCUGCCUUUCCUUCUCUCUCUAUGCAUAUCUAUUAAUAUCUAUCUAUCUGAAAGGAUUAGCCAUCAAUUGUAA